AUGGCGCACCAAGCAGAUGCGACGCGCAUGCUCGACGACCGUGGCUACACGGGCACCCUGAUCCGCGGCCAAAACCCCCUCCUUCUUUUCGAAAAAGCGGUACGCGACCGUAUCAUCGACUCAUAUUACUGGAAAGAACAAUGCUUCGGUCUCAAUGCAGCCACCCUCUGCGAUCGUGCCGUCGAGCUAUCCUUCAUCGGCGGUACCUACGGCAUCGGCCAAAAACCAACACCUUUUCUCUGCCUCGCCUUCAAACUCCUCCAACUCACGCCCGAGAAAGACAUCAUACUGCACUAUUUGCGCCAAGAAGAAUGGAAAUAUCUGAGAGCUCUGGCUGCCUUUUAUAUUCGUUUGACGUGGGAGCCGAAGGAUAUUUACGAAACGCUCGAGGGAUAUUUGAGUGACUAUCGCAAGUUGAAGAGGAGGACAAGAGAUGGCUACCAGUUGAGCUAUGUCGAUCAGUUCGUUGAUGACUUGCUCACCAAAGACCGUGUUUGCGCAACAUCGCUUUGGAAGAUGCCGAGUCGAACACAAUUGGAAGACAUCGAUGUGCUGGAGCCACGAGUCAGUGCUCUGGGCGACGAGAUUGAUGAAUUGGACAAAGAUGAUGAAGACAUGAAGGAUGGAAGUGAUGGUGAGGUCGAGGAAGAGUCGAAGUUACGACAGGAGGAGAAGCAGGAGCAGGAGUUACGACCGUUACGAGAAACGAAGCAGGAGUCGGAGCUACGAAAGAAGGAGAAGCUAUAG